AUGCCAAGCUGCAUUGGCGUGGCGCAUCAGGCCCCGCCCAAGGAGCAGCGGACCCGGAGCAGCGGACCCGGCCCAGCGGAUCCAGCUCAGUGGAGCACUGUAUAUAACGCCAGACGAGCUGAGUACUUACAGGGACGUGAACAAGCUGCCCCAGACUCUGUGUGUGUGUGCGUGCGCGUGAGACCGGCGCCUGAUUGCUUGCUCUCUCAGCAGCUACCCUGGUGUGGCGCACCAAGCCCCAGUGGAGCAGCAGACCCGGCCCAGCAGAGAGCGGCCCCAGCAGAGCGGAGCAGUGCGCCAGGCCCAGGCCGAGCCCCAGCAGAGCGGAGCAGCGCGCGCCAAGCCCAGCCCGAGCCCAGCCCGAGCCCAGGCCCAGGCCCAGCCCGAGGCCCAGCAGAGCGGAGCAGCGCGCGCCAAGCCCAGCCCGAGGCCCAGCCCGAGGCCCAGCCCGAGGCCCAGCCCGAGGCCCAGCCCGAGGCCCAGCAGAGCGGAGCAGCGCGCGCCAAGCCCAGCCCGAGCCCCAGCAGAGCGGAGCAGCGCGCGCCAAGCCCAGCCCGAGCCCCAGCAGAGCGGAGCAGAGAGCGGCCCCAGCAGAGAGCGGCCCCAGCAGAGAGCGGCCCCAGCAGAGAGCGGCCCCAGCAGAGAGCGGCCCCAGCAGAGAGCGGCCCCAGCAGAGAGCGGCCCCAGCAGAGAGCGGCCCCAGCAGAGAGCGGCCCCAGCAGAGAGCUCCUCCUUAACCUUUUAUUUUGA